AUGUGGUUCACGACACGCCAAGAGGGUCUGGAUGACCCCAGACCGGCCAUGCGCGGGCCCUGCGUCGAUCUGCCUACCACCGUAUUUUGCGGUGGAGUCGGAGGCAACAGCUUUCUGCUUAGAGGGGGUUUUCUUCUGCAGCUCUUCUCUCUCACAGGCCUCUUCAUCUCUUACUGGGCCUCAGGAGGCUCCGGCCUCUUUGGCUAUGAGCUGCAAGGCAUGAACGAGGCGGCUAGGAGCUCAGAGGGCUUUCACACUGCCCUUGUCUUCUUCUCGGGUUUGUACAUGCUAGGCGCAACAUAUCUCGUGUGCUUUCAAGCAAUUGCAGCAGAUGAUGCUUGCUGGGCUCGGGGUUAUCGCUCGGGCAGCAAAGUGCUUCGCCUUGCUACAUUUUUGGAUUUGCUGAGCAGCGUGAUGCAGUUUAUUUUCUUUUUGUACAUCGCCAAGUUCUACAAGCCGAAGUGGUACUUGCAAUUCAAAGAAGGGGGCCCCGAAUGCCUCUUCUUUUCAUACAUUCGCUGUCUGCAUGCAGUCUCUCUCGCUCUUUAUGGUGCUGCUACUUAUCUUCUUGAAGUCUAUCAUGAUGAAGGAGCAGGAGAUCUGCAUGCAUACAUCAACUCUUCUCUCUUUGGUAUCGCUGCUCUACUCGAGUUUUGCGUAUUGUUUGCUUCGGUCAGCGGGGUAUCGGCGCUGUUUGUUUGGUUUGCUCUGCUAGCAGCAGCAACCUGGGCAGUCUUCUUUGAGCCUGAAGUAAAUAAUGUAUCCCCAGCUCUACAUGAAACAGAAUUAACAAAUGAUGUUGAACAACAAGUUGAAAAAUUUGCAAGGUUGUCUCCCUAUUACCCCUCAUCAGACCCACUGCAGCAGCAGCAGCAGCAGCAGCAAAUGGGAGUCUCGCCGCAUGCAAGCUUCUCGCAAGGUCAAAGCCAACAAUAUGCGCAGCAGCCCUCAGUAGUAGCACAGGCUUAUGAAGCAGAAGGCAGACAGUAG